AUGGAGCCACCUACAGAGUUCGUUGCUCCCGAAGCAGCAUACACUUCCGGAGAUGCUGGCCCACGGUUGGGUACCGUUGUGAGAAGCGCUAGUCAUCCUAGACCGACACGUCUCACGUCUCUAUGUGGUAUAACAUUCCAACACUACUCACUCAACACGAUAGAGUUUCAUUUUUCCUUAUACCUCUCUCGAUCGAUGAUGCGGUCGGUAGAGUUCAGUGGUAGCGAGAGCGGGUGCAGGACCCCGGAGGGCUGGCCCAUGUCAGAGGACGAGGAGUACACCCCCCCUCACGGCCAGAACAAGCAAGAUAGCGACACCGAGUCGGAGGAGGGCGGUAGGCGGAGGGGGAAGAGGCGGGGCCCGAGCUGGGGGCCGCGGCGGAGGCGGCAGGGGCUGUCCGCCAGGGAGCGCAACCUCAGGCGGCUCGAGUUCCUAGAUGCUGAAUGCAGUGAAGAAAGUGGAGGGAGGGAAGAACUAGAGCAGAACAAUAAUUCAUUAUACCAGGCUAACCUGGAGCCUGCAUAGCUACUACCAUGGACAUGAAACAUUAUGCAUUGAAUAUGAAAGAUCUGCGUGUAUGUGUAUAUGUGUGUAUAUAUGAUUAUUUUUAUUGUUUUAAUAGUCUAUCAAAUUUAUACUUGUUAUCAGACCUCAAAUUCUCUUUAAUGCUUCUUAAGCAGAUAAUUAUAUUCAAAGGAAAACACACACAUAUGCACACACAUACAUUUAUUUAUGCAUGUGGAUGAAUGCAAUAAUAUGUGUGUGUAUAUUAAAUUUGAGUAUAAUUAAAACUGUUUAUAGUGUGAAUAAAAAAAUAUACGUGAUGUUAUUAAAAUAUUUAAUAAAUUAUUUCGAUGUUAUAAUGUUACAUCGAAUAUUAGGUGCAAUUUGUAGUUAAGUUUUAUGGUAUAAUAUUUUUAACAUCAUGCAAAUACUUCUCUUUUCUUCUUUGUUUAUCAUAGAUAUUGUUGUUAUGUCAUUUGUUGUCUUUUUUUUUUAUUUGACAUAAUCAUCGCCAUAUCGUUAAAGCAAAUUAUAAGAUAUAAAUUAGGAUUUAAGCCAAGGGAAGAAGUUGAAAAAAUACAGUAAUGUUGAUAACAUCAAACCAAUCUAGUCAAGCAGUUUGUAUACUGUUUUAAUAAAAAUGCCAGUUAGUUAGGUAUAUUAUAUAAUAAUAUAAUGGAUGAGAAAUAAUGUAUUAUGAUUAGAACAGAUUUUUUUGUUGUUUUAAAGUGCAAUUUUGGAAAAUAAUUAUAGUUAAAAAUAAAUGAGAAGCUUACUUCCAAAAAUGAGGAGCACUAAUACAUAAAAUAAAAUAAUGUCCAAGUUUUGAAUGCCAUUUGGAUGAAAUUAAUCUAAUCCUUUCAACCAUUUCCCAUAUAAACAAAUGCAUUAAUGAUUACUAAUAUAUUGUUUCCACUCAAACCUUUUAUGAGUAAUGUUAAGUCACAAAACAUAAAAACAUAACUAUAAUUUUUUUUUUUACCUCUUCAAUAGAAUUAGUUUAACUUAAAUGAUUAAAACAAAACAUCUCUGAGAAGAAUGUUACUUCUGACCAGGGGUGCCAAGAAGGGGAUUUCACAAUGCAGGUUGCAUCAUCCAAAUUUUUGAGAGUGGACACAUUUUAACGGGGUUUUGAACUUUUCAGGGAGCAAAUUUCGAAGGGGUUUUGAAUUUUUGGAAUGGAAAGUUUCAAACUUGGGAACCAGAGAAGAACAUGAAAAAUUCACAUCAAGUAUAAUUGCAUAUGAUUUUAGAAUUUACUAAUUCUAAUAUGUCUAGCUCUUUUUUAAAAAGAGGAUAGCGAUAAAAUGUCUCCAAAGAGAGGGAGUUAUUCAUGCGCCAUCGACCUGGGGGGAAUGGGCACCUCUGCUUCUGUCACGCAGAUUUCAAGACUAUUGUUGUAAUUAAAUACCUUUUUCUUGCCAUAAAAUUUAUAAUAAUAAUAUUUUUAAAGAUUUUUUUUUUUUUUAUUGUUGUCACUUAAAGUGAAAACUAAAUAUAUUUUUAUCUGAAAUUCUGCCAAUUUGAUUGCAGAUAUUUCUAAUGUUAUAUUUUCAAAUAUUAAUCUCUUUUUUUUUACAAUUUUUAUUUACUUCUAAUCCCUGGCUAUAUAUUUUGUAUUAGGUUUAUUUAUUUUUUUAGAGUAAAAAUAAUUAUAGAUAUACAUAGCCAAAAUAAAUAUGGCCAUAUCUUCCAAACUUUUGUUUAAAUUUACUUUAAAGGAUAUUAUUUGUUAUGCCUAUUUCAUCUAAUACUACAUCCAGAAAGCCCAAAUAAGUAUUUCACUAACAGUCUCAUCUGUUUUCCCAUCUAACUCAACAAUUUUCUUAAUUGGUUAUGUGCCCUUUUGAAAGUAAGCUGCUCAAAUACUUCAUAACUUGCUUGCUGUUGUAUGAGAAUCAUGUUUAAACAUUUUCUUCAUUUUUAAAAUGAUGAAUUAAGACAGAAAAGAGAAUUAUUAUGUUAACAUUACAUAACUAUAAAGAAAAAUUACCUGUAUCAAAGUUGGUUUUGAUAAAAUGUUUGUCAUUAUAUGCUUUAAUCCAACAUUCUAUAUAAAAAAUAAAAAAAAUUAAAAAAAAAUGAUGUUAUGUAAUCGCUGAUUUUUAUUGUAAUGUUAUUUAUGUUUUCCUCCAGGAUGCGGGUAUAAAAUCCUGGGGUUUGAUUUUUUUGUGAUAAAAAAAAUAUAUUUUUGAAUACAUGAUUAUAAGAUUAUAUGACUGUGCUACUGAUGUUUAAUUAUAAAAAUGAGUAUUAUUAUGUGAAUAGUUAUUUUUUCUUUAUUAUAGGGUGAGAAAUUCCUUUUUUCACAAGUGUGUCGUCUAGUUUCAUUAUGUAAUUAGGAGCAUAUCAUUAGUUAUAACAAGAAUUGGACUAAAUCCCCACUAUAGGGAAUAUUUAUAAAUAUCUUAUAAUUUUCUCUUACUUUCAUGCUCAUUAGUGGUAGAAUUUAGUCCAUAAGCUGAAAUGCUAGUGACAUAGUCAUAAAGCAAGUAGAAGGCAUACUAACAUAAAAUUGUUAAAAACGUACUUACUUUUAAGAUGUUUGAUUAGUUUCACACUUAAAUUUCAUUAAUUUAUUUGGAGGUAUGCAUUCCUAAAAACCAUCUACCUCGUCAGAUCUUCAAAAUACAGUGAAACCUCUCUUCAAUGGAUAGAUUAGUCUGGGCCGAUCAAAUAGUCUUUGGCAGAGGGGCUUCCUCCGAGAAGGGAUAUAAAUGUGCUAAAAUAUGAAUACUUUCAUACAUUUAUUAAAACAUGUUUAUCACUUUGUUAUACAAGAUAUACAGUUUAUUAAUACUUUUUCAUAUUUGUAAGAAAUUAAUGUAAUGUCAUUGUUAAUGUCCUAAGUUAAUAAACAAAAAUGACUGAGGCAUGUUGAUCUUUAAAAUAAAAAUAUGAUGAACGGAAAAGAGGAGAAUUGCAUAAAGACUGCUGAGAGAUCAGGAAAAACAAAAUGUAAAUAGAAAAAUUAAAUAAGCCUAUUCGAAAACAUGUUUCCAUUUCACUCUCCAAAAUAAAUCCCUUAUUAAACCAUAAAUAUUUCAUUUAUUAAGUAAGUAAAUAAAGAAAGAAUAAUUUCUUUGAUGUGAUGUUGCUAUUAUAACUUUAGGUUUUAUUAAAUUAAACAGAAUAAAGAACUUGAAGAUAUUUUCAUAUUUAAAUAUAUGUAUAUACUUAUAUUAAAACAAAAAACAAUUAAAUAUGGUAUUUUUAACAUUUUGUAUGUGUCCAUUCACAGGGAUAAAUUUAUCUUAGAGUGUCAUUUGAUUUGGCUAUCUGUAUUCAUGGCAAAGGGUUUUAAUUCUUAUAGUUUCAGAGCAAGGUAUUUAAAAAUAUCCAUAGAGACAAAUUUCCAUUAGCAGAGGUUUCAUUGUAUUGAUGUUAUUAUUUCCAUAAUUAAUUGAAUUAAUUGAAAUCCUGCCAACUUCAUUUUCAUUUUAAAUAAUCCUAAACCAUAUCUCACAAUGUUUUAAUCUAUUAUAGUAAUUAAAUCAAUCCUCCUUUAAAAAAAAAGAAAUGUUUUAAAAAAAUGUGAGAGAAAAAUUGUGAAUUACCUAUCAUCUUUUUUCUUUCUCAUUACAAAAAAAAAUAAUAAUAAAGAGUAAAAGAAAAAUAUUAAAAAUGUAGAGCUUUAAGUGAGACUAAUCAUUCAUGAUGUGCACAAUGGGUCGAAAAACCUACAAAAUGUGCUGUUGUGGAACCAGCUCGAACCUAUUUUGUAUUAUAAGCGACUGUUACCAAUAAGUUGAGAGGUGUAUUUCCAGUCUCUUUAGUUGUUUUGUUGUGGAAUUUUUAGAAGAAUGUUUCUUUAUUAUAUGCUAGAUUAGUAAAUACAUAUGUAUAAAGAAUUAGUAAUUUUAUUCAAAAUGUGUCAAGUUUAUUUUUCACCAUUUUAAGUUAUAAAAUUACAAUACAACUGAAAUUACUAUAGUUUGUUUAAAAAAAUACAAACUUAGUAUUUUUAAAAAAUUAUACCAUGAAUUAAGGUGUUGUUAUUUUCAAUAACUUAAAAUGUUCAACUGCAUUUUAGUAUAUCUUCAACACAAUUAAAGAAGAGAAGGAGGAAAAGUGGAUUUUUAUUUAUUGAUCUAUUUUAUUCUUCCCUUUUCUAGCCAAUCCUUUAAUUACACCCAUUUAUUUCAUAGAAUAUCCAUAACAACUUAAAAAUAAACACUUUAUUUAGUUUUCAGAAGAAACUAUAAUAACCUUUUUUAACAAAAAG